GUCAUCCCCACCUCCUUCCUCCUCACUCCUCCCUCGCAAAACAGUAAACUCUGAUCCAUUCCACUCUUUCCUCUGUGCUUUUUUGUCUGAAAAUGGCAGCACCAGUGACAGUGCCAAGAAUCAAGCUGGGCUCGCAAGGUCUUGAAGUUUCAGCUCAAGGGCUGGGCUGCAUGGGCAUGUCAGCCUUCUACGGGCCACCAAAGCCCGAGCCCGACAUGAUCAAACUUAUUCACCAUGCUAUUAGCAGAGGCAUCACCCUGCUUGAUACCUCUGAUGCUUAUGGACCCCAUACCAACGAAAUCCUCAUCGGCAAGGCCUUGAAGGGAGGAAACAGAGAGAAAGUGGAGCUAGCAACAAAAUUUGCAUUCACUUAUGAGGGUGGGCAGUUUGGUAUACGUGGUGAUCCAGACUAUGUGAGAGCUGCAUGUGAAGGCAGCUUGAAGCGGCUUGGUUUGGAUUGCAUUGAUCUCUAUUAUCAGCAUCGCAUUGAUACAAAUGUGCCCAUUGAAGUCACGGUAGGAGAACUUAAGAAAUUGGUUGAAGAGGGUAAAAUAAAGUAUAUAGGUCUAUCCGAGGCCUCAGCUUCAACAAUUAGAAGAGCACAUGCUGUUCAUCCAAUAACAGCUGUACAGUUGGAGUGGUCAUUGUGGACCAGAGAUAUCGAGGAAGAGAUUAUUCCCACUUGCAGAGAGCUUGGAAUAGGGAUUGUUGCAUACAGUCCACUUGGAAGAGGAUUCUUCUCUUCAGGUCCAAAGCUGGUUGAGAAUUUGACUGAUGAUGACUACCGAAAGUAUAUGCCAAGGUUUCAAGCAGAGAAUUUGGAGCACAACAAGAACUUGUACGAGCAGGUCAAUGCCAUUGCUUCAAGGAAGGGUUGUACCCCAUCACAGCUAGCUUUGGCCUGGGUCCAUCACCAAGGCAAAGAUGUUUGCCCCAUACCUGGCACUACCAAGAUUGAGAACCUCGAUCAGAAUAUAAGAGCUUUGUCUGUGAAACUGUCGGCAGAGGAAAUGGCGGAACUUGAAUCUAUUGCUUCGGCUAUCAAGGGUGAGAGAUACGAGUCUGACGCUGGCACUUGGAAAACUUCUGAAACUCCACCUUUGUCAACCUGGAAGAGGACAUGAAGGCGUACCUUUGUGAUGGCAAUAAUCCCUUCUAGCUGUGUGCCUGUUGGUGGAUUUCACUAUAUUGGGAGUUGAGUAACAUGUAUUUGUUCCAAGAAAUUUCGUCAUAUUAUUGUCUCGGGGGUUUAAGGCAUGUAAAGUUAUAAUAAGAAGAAUGGAGUUUUAAGAGUGAUUGUAAUGAAUAAAGAUUUGGUCAUGUAAAAGCAUAUAGUAAUUUUCCUUGCAGUAUGCAUUAAA